GAGAGAGAGAGAGAGAGAGAGAGAUGUUCCUAACUUCCAUUUUAACAUUUUUAAAUGAAUUUUACUGAAUUCGGAAUUCGGUAUAUUAUGUCGACAAUUUGUAUAAUGAAUAAAGUACAAACAUCAUUCAGAAGGGAAAUGAAUCAAGGGAGGAGUUUCAGAACCAGGAAGCAACAACACUCCAGGUUGUGUUCAUUGUCUGCAGAGUCUCAUAACUACUGAGAGAAGAGAAGACGUUUGAAACCUGGAAAACAGCAUUGAUCUACAUCUGCAGCCUCCACGUCGCAGCUGCUCGUGGUCAUGGACGAUUUUGUUCGUGAUAAAUUAACUGAAUGGGAUCUCAGCGAGUUGAUAGAAACAUUUAAAGCUCAAGGCAUCGACAGAGAAAGUUUUUACUUUCUGGAUCAUCAAGAUAUCGCCGUCUUGAUCCCAACCGUGGGACCAAGGUCAAAAUUCAAGAAGAGACUCAAGUCGUUAAAAAAGGAACAAAAACCAGGAAAUCCAGAAGUAGUUGAUUCGUCUGCUCAAGUGUGUCCGUCCACCAGUGGCAAAAGUAAUAAAGGAAAGAGAAGGUCGGAUCUUCAGGGUGAGUCCAGCCAAUGGCGAUCCCCAACCAGAAAACCACGACUUGACACAAAACCAGCAUCAUUUCAAGAGGAAAUACUACUGUCUGAUGUGAAAAACAUCAUGAGUGUUGUUCAUCAGAAAAUACCUCAACAAGACAACAAGCUCAACAACUUCCUGAGGAGAAAGAUUGAUGAUUUGGAGACGGACAAGAGGGAGGUGGUCGGUGUCUUUGGUAAAACCGGGGCUGGAAAGAGCUAUUUGAUAAAUACCGUCAUUGGAGAGAGCAACCUCUUGCCCUCUGGAAGCAUCAGUGCAUGUACCUCAGUCAUGAUUAAAGUAGAGGCUAACAUGCAGAACUUAAAGUAUGAGGCAGACAUUGAGUUCAUUACAAAAGAGGAGUGGAAAGAUGAGUUAUGGUUCUCUAAAAAUUUCCUUCGGGAUAGUGCGGAUCAUAAAAUGAAUGAGGAUGAAGAGAAGGAUCGUAAGGACAUUGUGGAAAAGCUGUCAGUGCUGUAUGGAGAAGACUGGGACAAGAAAUCUCCUGAAGACCUCAUGGAUGACAAAUAUUUCAAAGAGAUCCCAGAAUUUCUCAAUUCCGAUAGGAAGAUGUUGACAGGCAAAACAACUGAAGCGCUAUCUGCAAAAUUAGUGCUAUACACAAAAAACGGAUCAAAAGUAAAGAGGUGGUAUUGGCCACUCGUGAAGUGUGUGACUAUCAGGGUGCCAAAUAAUGAUCUCCUGAAGCAUGUCACACUUGUGGAUCUUCCUGGAAAUGGGGACCGGAACAAGAGCAGAGACAAGAUGUGGAAAGCGGUCGUUGGAAGUUGUUCCACUGUGUGGAUCGUGACUGACAUAAAUCGAGCUGCAACAGAGCCUGAAGCCUGGGAGAUACUGAAAAGUGCCUGUCGCUUCAUGGGAAAUGCUGGCCAGUGUCGGCAGAUCCACUUCAUCUGCACCAAGUCUGAUGAAUCAAGUAAAAGUCCAGACCGUCCUUCACCAACAGAUAUCCGUGAUUUCAUUUUGGAAAGAAACGUUGACGCCAAGAAAGAAGUGAUCGAAGAAUUCAGCAAACUAAACAAGGUUAAGAAACAUUUCAGUGAUGGAAGUUUAAAAGUGUUCACAGUAAGCUCCUUCGAGUUUCUUUCAAAGACAGUCCUCGAACCAAAAGAAACUGAAAUACCUGAACUUCAGGAAUUUCUGAAGGGUCUCAAUGAUUGUCACUCAGUGACAUUAAACUAUGUGAAAGGAGCUCUUGGGAUUCUCUCUCAGAUUCAAGGGGCCAGACUUAGAGAUGGGGCUGACAUAAAGACAGCUGUGUGCACAGACUUUGGACAAAAGAUGAAGGAUGCACUUGAUAAAGUCCGGAAAUCAAUGGAAGAGACUCAUCAGGCUUUUGAAGAGUGCCUCAGUGAGGGGGUUGAGAAAUCUAAAAGUUCAUGUGGAAAAAACUUGAAGUCGGUCAUACAUCCUAACAUACCAGGUAAUGAGUUCCACAGGACACUGAAGUCCAUAGUACAGCACGAUGGCACCUACAAAACAAGAAAGGGGAAACAAAUAAACCUCAAUAUGAAGUUAUCUUCAUGCUUGACUGAGAGCAUUGAUGAGAAAUUCAAGAAGACCUUCCCAAAUGAAGGAGAAUGUGGACAAUUCAACGGAGUCCUCAAUUUGUUUUCCCUUGACACGGAGAUGAUGACAAAGGAGAAAAAGUACAAAGAUGUCAAACUGCAACUGAUAUUUUUGAGCACUGAGGAAGACAAGAUAAAGACAAAACUCAACAAAAUCAUCCGCAAUCGUAAGAAAAUGAUCUACAGCAGUCUGACAACAACAAUUGAGACAACCAUGCAGGAAUGCUACGACGUUGCAAAACAAAAGAAAGGACCGGGCAGUCUGAAAGACAUGAGGGACACUAUUAAUGAUUACGUACUUGGGUCAAAGGACGUCAUGUUUCAGACAGCUAAAGAUGAUAUGUUGAACCAGCUGAGGGCCUUGAUGAGAGAAAUCCUUGAGGUCCUGGAAAAAACAAUGCAGGAAUCAAUCGAUCUGUCGCUCAAGACGGAUGGCGUCUCAAUCCCAGAUGUUGAGAUUGAGCUUGAGAUGGUGAAGAACCACUACAAAGAACUGAUGGGAAGUCCAGAUGAAGAACCACUCAUAUGGUAAAACUGCUGAAGUAAUAAUAAUAAUUAUAAUUAUGCCUCCGGAUUGAGCUGUUCUGAAUAAUGCUAACGAUGUUUUUUAUUACUGAAGAGCCCUGAUUAGAGACGUGAGGCCUCCGGAUUUGGUCUCAACCAUUUUUGUCAAGUCAUCUUAUUUUCUUUUUUUGUGUAUUUUUUAUUAGCUUGGUGUGAAUUAAAUGCAGAGAUAUUUUAUAUGUUCAAUAUCUGGGAGGGUAUUUUAGCUUUUAAUUGAUUAAAGUUCGGAUGCAGACAUAAACUGUGUGGGGGGUGAGAGCGGGAUGUCCUGCAGCAAAGGUCCCCAGUCGGGUUCAAACCAGGUACAUCGUGGUUUACACGGUACAGGUCUUUGUUACCAGUCCACCAUUAUGGUUUUCAUGAUUUAAAAAAAAGUUUUUUGUCAAAUUUUUAAUCGUAGUUUAGUAUUGGUUGACUGAGAUUGAAAUUCCAAUGAUUUUAUGGGUGUUUAACAUAAAUCCUGAACCUUGAUCACAGUAUGUGGAUUUUACAAAGACUUUAUAUUUAUAGCCUUUUAUUAAAAGAAUGAUCUGACCUUUCUUUUUCAUGUUCAAAGAAAACACUUGCUUACUGCUAAAUAAUGUUUUCUUAGUGUGUUAAUCCAUUUAUCAUAGUUGGAUAGAACUAGAUGAUAGUAAUACACCAGCCUAUCUGGUUUCUCAUUAUUUACUGAAAUAUUGUUAUGUUUUAAUCUACUCUAAUUCUAAAUGCAUUUAAAGUAUCUGAUCAGGUAUACUGUGCAAUAAAUUCACUUUCAGAGUUCCACAUGUA